AUGGCUCCUUCAGAUUCAAAUGCUAGCAAGUGCUACAGCUUACGAAUGCCCAAUGUCGAUUCGUCGGACCCCCGGCUGCGACUGGAUGUGCGGACCGGCUCGACUUCAUCGCUGGUGAUGUCCAGACUGGUGGUGUAUGGGGGACUAGUUAUUCCGUUGGAGCUACAAAAUUUGGAGAUUGAGACCAUUGAGUCUGAAUUGAGGCGAGAAUUUGCCAAAAAAGGUUCCAGUUACGAUGAGGAAGACAUUGAGGAUUACAUCUCCAACGAGGUGUUCAGCUUGAGUCUCAUAGAGAGGAAAUGGAUCUACAAAAAUGUGGCCGAUGCGUCGCAACCAACGCCUCAGCCCAGGAUUUUCCACUCUAUGUUGGUCUAUAACAAUCAUUGCUAUAUCCAAGGUGGCUUGGUUUUCAAUAAAAAUACGCGCAAGUUCGAGCCUACGAACGACUUUUGGAUGUUUCACAUGCUGAACAUGACCUGGACCAAGCUUCCAUCUUCGCCUUCCGCCUCUAUGUCAGGACCAAUCAGGAGAUAUGCUCACCAUAGUGCAUAUAUCUCGAGUUUGUACAUUACGGGGAAUCCCAGCCACAAUGGACUGAUGUUUAUUGGGGGCAUUGAUUCCACGGGCCGAAAGCUGUCUACUAUGGAGGUUUUCGAUCUUGAUGAGAACUCCUGGAAGGUAUGCACAAAUCUGCACCGGUCCAUUAGUCGUGAUAAUCUGACGUUGUCUAGUGGUGUUGAAAACUUGAAGAUAUCGGACUCUGCUUCUGAUGCACCUACAAACCUCUCGGUCACUAGCGAUCAGAGCACGGUCUUGGUGGUUCCUUCUCGAACUGAAGGCGAGACUACCCCCACUUUGAUCACGAUAGGCCCCUCAAGAAAAGAAUUAGCGGAGAACCCAUUGACGUCCUUCCCACUGCUGGGAAACUCUACAGGGGCGACUUUGCCGAACAGCGAGGAUCUGGGCAGUUCCAAAACUGGUUCCAAAACGAUUCCGUUCAACCUGAGAUAUCCUAAUAUGGGCCUGUUCGGUGAUAACAUCAUUAUAUGUGGGUUCUUGCCUGGCGAAUUUCCCAUAUCUGUGUUCAUUUACGAACGAAUGUCUCACCGUUGGCUCAGAAUCAAUGUGUUUUGCCAGCAUCCAACAUGGGAACACAGAUUUUGCAAAGGUUUUGUGUGGUCUUCCCACCACAAGAUCCUUCUGAUGGGUAAUAGAGACACAUCAGAAACUUCACCAACGGUUCAGUUCUACAACCACAUGAUAUGCCUGUCGUUGCCGUUCGUGUCCAUCUUUAGUGGAGACACCUACGUGAGCGAUGCGAUGAAACCGAUCCAUACCGAUGCUGCCCUUCCCCAGAUCAAUACAAAAUUCACAAAGAAGAACUCGAUACAUUCACAGAGAUCACAGUCUAGUUUCGCUGCAUAUUCGCACUAUGCUGCACCUCAGACGAAACUCACCUCCAUCAGGUCAAUUUUCCCACCGUAUGCAGUCACGCUAGGUAAGAGUGCGUACUCACGAAAGAGCUCUCUGUAUGAUUUUGAGUUUAUUACUGCUGACGGUGACAGGAUACCCGUUGCUUUGAACGUUUGUCGAAAGAGAUGGGGGAGAACAUUUGACAUGAUUCUGGCUAAAGGCUACAGUCGCGCUUACGAUGCCAAAAAAUCUCAACCAGCCGCGCAGAAAUCAUCAACCAGUUCUCAAUUUGCGUUUGCAGGUUCUGGCAAUUCAUCUAAAGCUCAGAGCACGGGAAUGACUCCUCAUUCUGAAGAGGAUAAUCCUAUCUCCAAGACUCUAAGCAGCACCUCCCAGUCAUCAAGAGGAAGACACGAUAAAGAGGGAGCGCCUCAAUUCAGACUGCCAUUCCAAAACAGCUCAUCAGAGCCACCAAAGAGAGCUGCGAGUGUUGACCCAUCAAUUCGUCAUGACUCGGUUGCUUCUCAGAGUUCAUCUUUGUCACAGGAUAAGGAAACAGCUUCAAUCAAUAGUUCCAGAUCUGCGAUACCCAGUUUGAACAACGUCCCCCCACAACCUCCACUACCUAUGGAGCCUGUUCCCAGGAGAUCUAGUUUGGCGGUCUCUGGGAUGCAAUCUUCUGCUUCGGGGAUAAGCUCUCCGAGGUCAUCAAUGCUGAUGAGUCCGUUGACAAUGCUAAAGGGCCCGAAUACGACAAUGGGACCAGCAGGUUUGUCUCCCCGUGGGUCUUUCAGCGGUGCUUCAGGUCUUCCAGCAAAGUCGCCUCUGGCAAAUAUAGCCAACUCAGGCUCAACAUCAUCCAGGGCCACUCCAGAAGUGAAUAUUGAAGAAGAAGAAAACCUGAGGCCAUCCCAAGACCCCAAACUCUCGCUGCGCUCCUCAGUCAGCUCCCAGGAUGUGGCAUUUGAGGCAAUGUACAUUCCAAGAAAGUUAUACUUACCUUUUUCCUCAGCAACAGUGAGAGCCUUGGCAGAGUAUCUUUACACCGGAGAGGUCAAUUCAAACUGGACUCUGGUACCUGUUGUCUUUGACCUAGUGUUAGUGGCAAAGUUUUACGAAUUGCCCCUUCUGCAGGAUCUCAUAUUGGAGAUUGUGUAUGUAAUUAUCACCAAGAAAGAGCUCCAGCUGGUAUCCAAAGCCAAGGAACUGAAACAGAAAAUAGCCGAAGAGCAGUUGAAAAAUCCAGAUGUGAUUGUGCCAGAUCUCUCCAAGAUUGACAAAUUCAGCGGGUUUCUGUCACGCGUUGAUGACGGCCGGCUUGAUCUUGAGCUCAUGAAGAGGGCCUCCAAGGAGAAAAGACCAGACAGAAGGAGAAGCAGAGGAAGUAUUAGGUCUAGUAUUACAACCUUCACCUCUGGCUCGAGCAAAGACGAUGAAGAUAGCGUGGAGCCGGAAGCAGCUGCCAACUCCAGCGAAAGUGAGACGUUGAAGGUCUCGCUAGGACUCGUUCAGCAAGAAGAGAAAGAAAUCGACAAAUGGCCCACUCUGAUGCAAUUGGCCUCAUCUCAGGCCGCACCAUGCUCCGAAACGGUCAUUGAACUAAUUCUCGAGAUGGGCGUCCUGUCAAGCGAUAACAAAAUUAUCACCAGGGCAAUCAACGUGCGUGCAAUGCUCAAGCAGCUGACUGCGGUGACGUCAUGA